AUGACAGAGAUGUUGUUUCUGUUUGGGGUGAAACAACCCAGGAUAGUUGAUAAACAAUUUAAGGAAAAUGGAGAGAUGUGUGCUGUACUAAUAACUACCAGUCAUGAUUUAGAGUCUGAAUUGCUUCCUAAAGUGGUGGCUGUGAGAUCUAACCCAGAACGUCGGUGGAUAAUUAUAUGGCCUGAAAAGGAUGGAAGUGAAAGGGCGGCUGAACCCUUAAUUGUGGGUGACAUGUCUACUCCAGCCAGUGGAGAUCCCUCCGCGACUGAGAGAGAAGGUAGUCAAACACAGGGUAUUGAAGAAAAAUUAGGUAAUCAAUUAGAGGUGAUAGCUGAUAAAGUAGUACAUCAAUUGGAAAGGUGGCACUAUGAGGGUAGUUACAGGCGAUUGAGACUUUUUUCAGGAAUAAUUCCUGUGCCUACCGGCGAGGAACCUUAUGAGGCCUGGAGGGAGGCAGCUAUACAGCAGUCUGAGGAGUGGCAUUGCCCGGAUCAUAUAAAAAAACAAAGGAUAGUAGAGAGCUUACGGGGACCCGCUAUGGGAAUUAUUCAAGCCACUAGAAAAAGUAAUCCUGGGGCUGCUGUGGCUGACUACUUUCAGGCUUUAGAUUACACAUAUGGGACAUUAGAGGAUGUAGGUGAUUUGGUUGCAAGAUUCCAUCAUACAUAUCAGGAGACAGGGGAGAAGCUGUCCCAGUAUGUAUAUAGACUGGAUAAAUUAAUCCAUAAAAUCGUGGAUAAAGGAGGGUUAGCUCCCGCUGAAGUGGAUAGUGGCCGUUUGAAACAAUUAAUUAGGGGAGCACUAACAACUGACCCUGUAGCACAGAGGUUGCGUUGUACAACUUUGUUAUUAGGAAGUCCCACCCUUAAUGAUCUGAUUAAGGAAAUUACACAGGAAGAAGCCUUAAUAACUAAUAGGGAAAAGACUCAUACCAAAUCUGUCAAAAUGGUGGUACCCUCCCCUGAGGCCCAAGGAUCAAAAGACGAUAAGUUAGUUACCUUGGUAGUGGAACAAAAUAAGAAGAUAGACCAGCUUAUUAUGGCAAUAAAUAAAAUGGGGGAACCUUCUAGCAUUACUUCCAGUAAUUCCAAUAGGGGGUUUAACAGUGGUAGGGGAAAUUUUAGGAGAGGCGGAAAUUUUAGGAGAGGCGGAAACAGUGUUGGAAAUUUUAUAAACAGAGGGUGUUUCCGAUGUGGACAAUUAGGACAUAGGGCAAUGGAAUGUUCUAUAGAAUGGGGAAUGAAUGAAGUGGGAACUAAUGUUCAGUCACCUCCUUCUCCGCAUCAGGGAAACGAUGGAGGGAGAUUAGCGGGCCCCUCGCCAUCUCCCAGAAAUUAG